UUUGCUGCAAUGUAAGUCUGUUGCUCACGUAAGCACAGGCAGCACAGAAUCAUGGGAACACUUGCAAGUUGAAUGUGAAAUGAGCAGGAGAAUUCUAAUGUUGCUCAUCGUGGUGGUACUCAGAGAGCUCAAUGUUUUCUCAGGUGGUACAGAGUAGAAAAAGUUUGAGAACCACUGCAAUAGGCUAUCCUUGACUGAAAAACCAUUGAGGAACCCUGGUCAAGGGCAGGGGUUCCAUACUAAAAUCCAUACUUGUAGAUGUGAUUAGAAUUUAAGCCAUGUUAUAUAUCCUUAAGCUUAUGUAAAUAGUUGGCAUGGCCGCUAGCUUAACCAGCUAGCUGAAGUGAUGUGUCACUCAAAGUUAAAGUGGGUGGGAGUAAUGGCCAGUAUGCUUUUUUUAUUGGUCCAAAUAAAACUGUCUACAGAUAUUGCCACGACCCCCUCACUAUGACUUGUGGACCUUGAUAGGUCUGGCAACCCCGAGUUGAGAACUACUGGUCUAGGAAAACAUGACUGUCAUGAGUUAUUUUGUGGCAACCAAAAAACUAUCGUUUUAAUAUAUUUUUUGACAUAAUGACAAUGUGUGGUUCUCGCAGAAGCCGCAAUGAAACAAGCGCAAGUGUGCUGUGAUGAUUUAAAUUCAACAUUUAAAUGGCGACUCUCCACCUCUGUGUGGACAGUUGCAUCAGUUCCUGUGUGUUACGUGUAAAUGGCUGAGCCGUGGCUGCUGCUGCUGCUGCUGCUGCCCGUCACACCACUUUCUUUUUUAGUCCCAGGACGCAGACUAGUAAUAAAUCCUCCUCCACCGCUGCUGCUGCUCCUGCUGCCGCUGCUAGGAAAGGCUGUGAUCAUAAUAAAGACGUCACCCUGCUCCUCGGUUUGGCUCAGCCUAGUCAAGUACGCAGUUAUUUGAUUUGGAAGCUACGACAACAAGCAGCAGCACCAGCACCAUGUCCUUGGAUAACGCAGUCGUUUCUUCGAGAUUGUGUCGUCGUUUGGACACAGACGGAGACAUCUGGGUCAGGUAAUCGUCCUCGGGUGAAUACGUACGGAACUGGUCCCGUCGCAGCCGCCGGACGUUCGACGCUGAGGGACUUGGAUUUUUAAAGAGGGGGGCGCCUUUCGGAAAACUGAGCAUUAUUUACGGAAUAAAGUGAAGAGCCUACGACUGGUCAGCUAUAAUAAUAAUUUUACGUAAGAGUCAUGAAUGAAACAGCAGCGUCCGAUCCAGCCUCUGGCACCGGUGCUACAACACCGACCACAAGAAAUAACUCGGCCUCAGUGGCCAGCUCCCGCAGCCUGUUGGAGUGGAGACGGAGAGUUAAGUCUGAAUACAUGCGCCUCCGACAACUGAAACGCCUUAAAAAAGCAGAGGAAGUCAAGACUCUGUUCAUGUCCAACAGAGAGAAGAUUGAGCAACAGACGAAUCUUCUCAACACGGAGUGGGCCAAGCUCCGGAUUCAGUCCACACCGUUGUCAACAUCUGCCGGCGCUUUGACCAACAAGAAGACGUGCACAGUCGAGUUCGGCUUCCCAGGAUUCAAAGCUCAAGCCAUUGCCAUGAGGCCACUGUCAACAGUGGCAGGAAUCCCCUUCAUGUACUCGUGGUCGCCCCUGCAGCACAACUUUAUGGUAGAAGAUGAGACGUUCCUCCACAACAUCCCCUACAUGGGUGACGAGGUUUUGGAACAGGACGAGGCCUUUCUGGAGGAACUGAUCGACAACUACGAUGGGGUUCACGGUGACAGAGAAGGUGGCUUCAUCAGUGAUGAGAUCUUUAAGGAGCUGGUGGAGGCCUUGACCCAGUACUCUGACUACGAAGAGGACGAGGAGGAGGAGCUGGGGAAGAAGGAGGAGGAACGAAUGGUGAGGAGAAGCUCGGUGGAGGCGCCGGAAGAGUCCAAAACUGGGACUGCGGCGUAUAUAAGGAGAAAGAGGAGGAGCACAACUGAGGUGAGGGACUUGUGCGGCAGCAAGAAGAUCCCCAACGAUAAGAUAUUCACAGCCAUCGCCUCCAUGUUCCCCUACAAGGGCACGACGGAGGAGCUGAAAGAAAAGUAUAAGGACCUCCUGGAGCCUCCCAGUCCGGUCAAGCUUCCUCCACUCUGCACCCCAAACCUGGACGGCCCUUUUGCUAAAUCUGUGCAGCGGGAGCAAUCUUUGCAUUCUUUCCACACACUCUUCUGCAGAAGAUGCUUCAAAUAUGACUGUUUCCUCCACCCAUUUCAUGCUACACCCAACGUUUACAAGAGGAAGAGCAAGGAGAUCCGGGUGGAGACGGAACCAUGCAGUGCUGACUGUUUUCUGUUACAGAAAGGGGCGAAGGAGUUUGUGGAUCAAAACAUGUUACGGUCCCAGAGGUCCCGAAGGCGGCGGAGGCCACAGCGCACCACAAGCUCCAGCUGUCCUGGACCAUCUGGGUGUGCUGAAGAAGUCAAGGAGGGUGACAGUGACCAUGAAACUACCUCUUCUUCAGAGGGGAAUUCUCGAUGCCAGACUCCGACCAAGCUGCGUACCGGGGAGGAUGACGGGGAGCAGCAGGCCUGCUGUGUGGUCCAGUGGAGCGGGGCAGAGGAGUCACUCUUCAGGGUUCUGUAUGGCACAUAUUACAACAACUUCUGCUCCAUCGCUCGCCUCAUCGGCACCAAGAACUGCAAAGAGGUGUAUGAGUUUGCAGUGAAAGAAGCCCUGAUCCAUCGAGUUCCUUUGGAGGAUGGAGGCAUUUCACCUCAGAAAAAGAAGCGAAAACACAGGUUAUGGGCAAAGAUUCAACUCAAGAAAGAUAACUCGUCCAAUCAGGUGUACAACUACCAGCCAUGUGACCACCCAGACCAUCCCUGCGAUAGCUCCUGCCCAUGUGUGAUGACCCAGAAUUUCUGUGAGAAGUUCUGUCAGUGCGAGCAGGAAUGCCAGAACCGCUUCCCAGGCUGCAGAUGUAAGACCCAGUGCAACACCAAACAGUGUCCGUGUUACCUGGCAGUGAGGGAGUGUGACCCAGAUCUGUGCAUGACCUGUGGAGCGGCGGAUCACUGGGACAGCAAAAUGGUCUCCUGCAAGAACUGCAGCAUCCAGAGAGGCCUUAAAAAGCACCUGCUCCUGGCACCUUCGGAUGUUGCUGGAUGGGGCACCUUCAUUAAAGAGCCUGUUCAGAAGAACGAGUUCAUCUCGGAGUACUGUGGAGAGGCAAGAGCAGCACUCAUCUCUCAGGAUGAGGCCGACCGACGCGGCAGGAUCUACGACAAGUACAUGUCGAGCUUCCUUUUCAACCUGAACAAUGCAGACUUUGUUGUGGAUGCCACACGGAAGGGCAACAAAAUCCGCUUCGCCAAUCAUUCAGUUAAUCCCAACUGCUACGCUAAAGUGGUGAUGGUGAAUGGAGACCACCGCAUCGGGAUCUUUGCCAAACGCGCAAUCCUUCAAGGAGAGGAACUUUUCUUCGACUACAGAUACAGCCAAGCCGACGCCCUAAAGUAUGUGGGAAUAGAGAGGGAAGUGGACAUGACUUAACUUGACCCUCCAUGACCCCCGUCCACAGCCCCCGUGCCUGUUCUGCACCGUCACGUCUCGCUGACCAGUUCCCCGUCCCGCACUCUCUGCUGCACUUCCAUAAAUAGAAAACCAUCCUUCCUGCUCUUUGCAGGUGCAGACACUGCAGGGCUUUACUCCACCCUGAGGGGGGGGCGCAGCCUUCCAUCUUCUCCCUCGCACACUUACAGAACUGUGUACAGCAGAGCUUAUCAAACAGGAAAGAUUAUUAUCACAGACUAGAAACGCUACCGGUCCAUAUCGCACAUUUUAUUGUUACGCGUCAUCGUGGCUGCGAUGUUCGUCCAUUUCACAGCAGUUUUUGUUACUGUACCUUUAGAGCAGCUUUUGUUCUGAUUCUCAAAGACAUAAAUAUAUAAAUCGAGCUUUUACUUCCUGCUGUACCUCGACGAUUAAGGAGCAGUGGAACGCAUGUGCUGUCUCUCGGGAAAAAAAAACAAAUUGUUAACAAGUGUUUGCCGCGACAUAAGGUUCGGUCACAUAGUGCUUCACACAGCUGCUCGGUAGCGGAGUGUGACGUUAAAGCUGCAGUGCAUAAUAUUUCAACAUGAAUGGAGGUCCGUCUUAUCUCAGCCAGAACAGUCUGUCAGUGAUGUUUGCGUUCGUUGAGUCAGCGUUAGGCUGCGAAAAAUAAUAUUUAAAAAUAUUCUUUAUAUAUGAAAAUGUUAGGGGGGAAAAGGUGAAUCCAGCAAAUGACACCGCAAUGGUUGAUUAGUAAGUCGAUGAGUCGGUAAAUUCUUGAAAGGCUACAGUUUGAGGACAGCAUUUUAUGUAUACUUUUCUAUUUUAUUAUUUUAUUUCACUUAAUUUUUAAGUUACAUUUUCCUUCCAAUCUCACAAAACAUUGAUGUGAAAUUGUAAGAAAAAAUUACCUAAAAAUAAUUAGGUUACAUAGCUUUUUAGGUGUCUCCUAAUUUAGAUGUUGCAGAGCUACCGCCUAUAGACGGGAAGUGGUACUACACCCCAAAACAAACGCGACAAAUACAUUUGUGACGUCAAAAGCUGGUCAUUAAAAAUUCUGCUUAACGUACUUUGUAUGACAUAGGUUUCCUUCAAAGACCAUCGUAGCUGCAUUUCCACCAAAGUUCCUGAUUGGACUUGUUACUCAGCUUACAAUGGCUGCGACAUUAUCUUUGGAAAGAUACCUUUAACUUCUUGACGCAUCCCUAUUAGUGGUCUGCCUUGAUUUUCCUUGUCCUAAAAAUGUCCUAAAAUCUUAGUAGUUCUCAUAUACUGACCCUUAUAACAAGCACUCAAAUUUCUGACCAUGGUUUGGAAAACACAAAGGUUUCAGGUUUUUGUUUUUCGUGCUACUUCCUGUAUUGGAAACGCACUCUGUACCUGUUUAGUUUUCCCAUGAACCCCUACAUCCACUGGGCCUCACAGACAAACACAGCGUGGUGUUAUCUGCGUAACAUUUGAGUAAUUUGACUAAACCUUGUGCACUGCAGUUUUGACGCAAACCAGGGAUGGCUCGAUGCAACUUUUUCACGUCCAAUACCGGUGAGCUGAGUACAUGCCGAUACCGAUACCUUGUUUUCCUCCUCCAGCGUGCCGCAGGCUGAUGUUGCUGAGGCGAUAGUGUCCGUGUUGAUGGCGCGCUGAGUCGAGCAGUUGGGCUCAGGUAUUGGACGGGCUAUGGCAUAGCUGAAAUUUGAGAAUCGGAUUGAACCAUCCCUAGAAAAAAACUCUCGGCUUUUAACUUCUACAGUUACUUCUACAGUGACAUAAUCUAUUGUGCAUUUAUAUCGUUGUCCUGCAGAAAUAGGUGAGCAGAUAAGAAGCCGACUGACUGAAUGUAAUCAGUAGACGACAGUAAAGCGAUCUUGUACUUCUACUUUUUGUUGACUCGGUCACCCGUAGGAGAAUAUAGUACGUUAUGUAUACAUAAAGCAUUUACCAUGUUCACAUGAUCUUUUGAAUGUCGCAGAUAAUGAACAGAGUGAAACGUCUUCCUCGAUAAAUUGAAUUUAUCAAGUGCCAAAUAUUUCCACACACACAGACGUGUGUUACGUUCAAAACAGAGACCAGUCCGAGGUCGCCUUGAAAGGUCACGAGAAAAGAGAAAGCUAAAUUAUUAGCAAUGUUCAAACGUUGAAUCCUCCCUUCAUGUGAAUACUACAUAAUUUGUCGUGGUUUCAUUUUUUUAAAAUACAGGACUGUUCAUCCAUAUUUCAUUUCAACAUGCUUUUCAUUACUAAAUCAUUAAAUCUACAAUUUAAAAUGAGAUCCUUCUCGACAGAAACGGUGGAGUUUACUGAUAUGUAUAUUGUACGCCUACAAAAAAAAUAAAUAAUUCUUUGACUUUAUAUAUUAAAACAUGUAA